ACAAUCUGCUCUUCAUUUUCGAAUACCUAGAGACAUAAUUCGAUCCGUUUCAACAAAUAUAUUAUCCCUAUAAAAUUGGUCUUGACCAAUCGACGACAAUCUGCUACAAGAGUACAGGUAACCGAUAAAAAGGAUAAAAAAACCCCAGGCUUAUAAAUGUUAUCGAUAAUUUUUAAAGGUUUGUCGAUUUGUCGAAAUAAUUUGUGGUUCGAACAUGUGAUACCUGUUUUAAAUGUUAGAAACAAUAGUUGUUUAACAAUAAAGCGACUGGAGCAUAAGAAAAUGGUAAAAUAUUUGAAUCAAUCGGAAGCAAUCAACAUUGAUAAGGAUCUAUUUGAAAGAUAUAAAUUUAGCUUGGACCAAUUGAUGGAAUUAGCUGGUCAAAGUUGUGCCAUAGCAAUAGCAAAGUCAUAUCCUUUGUCAAAUAAUUCUUCAGAUAGAAUUCUGAUUUGUUGCGGACCAGGAAAUAAUGGCGGCGAUGGUUUGGUAUGCGCCAGGCAUUUGAAACAUUUUGGUUAUUCUCCCGAGAUUUAUUAUCCAAAAGAAACCGACAACCAAUUGUAUAAAAAUCUGUUGCAUCAGUGUAAAGAAAAUGAUAUAACGAUUUUAGAAAGUAAAUUUAUAAUAGAUAAGGAUCCAGUUGAACUUUUAAAUGGAUUCAGAGUCAUAGUCGACGCUUUGUUUGGAUUUAGUUUUAAACCUCCUGUAAGGGAUACCUUUGUUCCUAUUAUGAAGAUAUUGAAAGCUGCUUCAAUUCCUAUAUGUAGCAUAGACAUACCUUCAGGAUGGGAUGUUGAAAAUGGUCCAUCUUUGAAAGAUGAUAUAUGUCCAGAAAUGUUGAUAUCCUUAACGGCACCAAAGAUGUGCGCCCAUAAAUUUAAAGGAAAAUUUCAUUACCUGGGAGGCAGAUUUGUACCUAAAAAACUGGCAUUAGCUUACAAUCUUAAUUUACCGAUGUAUCCAGGAACAGAUUUAAUCGUAUCUCUAUAAUAAUAAAAUGAUAAAAUU